UUCUCUGAGGCGGGCAAGUCGUGUUCGCUCCGUCUUCGAGAUGUUCUCUCCUUUUCCGUGUUCGCUUGCUUCUGCAAUCCUGCUCCUUCCUUGUGUCUUUGCAAGCGCAAUCGGAGAUGCCGGAAUACUGGGAGCUAGGCUGGUACUGGGCAUCACCACUGAGCCAUGCUGCGAGUGUGGCGAGUGCGAGACAGAGCCUAACCAGGCACUGGUGGUUGAAACAGUGUCAGUAUGCCGCGCCACGAGCAGCUUUACGCCAUACAGUUCUAGUGGCUCCACCUUCUACAUUUCGAGCUGUACUCCGAGCACCGUGUACUAUACGCAACCUACCUGGCACACGCAGAAUGUCACGGCCACCAUCACCCAGUAUAGUAAUGAAACAAUACUGUAUCCGACGCUCGCGGUGUCCACAGCUCUCACUACAGUUUCAGGAUCGGCGCAAAUAAAGACGAGCACGGCAACGGUGACGGCAUCAUACUAUGGCACGUCGACCAUAGUGACAACUUUGACAGUGACAUCGACGCCUCCGUAUUUGACAACGACCGCCAUAACAACGCAGACCGCUACGAUCACAGCCGUCGUGUCCGCUCUAUCUACGAUGACCGCAACCAGUACUCAAACAGUGAUCAUUACAACGACUCCGCCAGCUGUCACGUCGACAGCGACCGCAACGACCAUCGUUGUAGCGACGCAAACCGCAACAGAUUUGACCACGUAUCUCUCGACGGAGACAGUUACGUCAACGCAGACGUCAACGCAAUUACAGACUUAUACAUCCUCUAUUCUCUCGACUACGACGACUACCAGUACGGCGACAGUGACUGUUACCAAUACUCCAGCCGCAAUAACAACAACAGCCAUCGUGACGGAGACUGAAACGACUGUGCCUAGCGCCUUCUUAACGCAAACAGCAACAUCCGACAUAUACUCGACAGGCACAGCAACGGACACGCAGACAAUGACGACGACACUGAUCGACACCGUUACUGCAACCACGCAGCUCGCCGCAUCAACGUUGCCGCUGACUAUUAUCUAUACGAGUUCGGUGCCAGCAUCUACCGUGAUCUCCACGUUCAUCAGCACCAACAAUAUCUACGCAACGUCCACCAUCAUUCAGAUAAGUACAGUCACCGAUCUAGUAACAGUGACGAACACCGUUUCAAUGACAUCCGUCUCCACGGCGACGGUAACGCAGGCUACAUGCUCCACGGCCAGUACCAGCUCGAGCUCCAGCAUCUCCACAGCAUGGCCGAGCCCUACCGCUUGCGUUGCAGCGGCUCCACCGUACGGAAUGGGCCAGUGGUACAUCACUAGCGAUUAUGCUGUUGGUUCUUGCCUCACUUUCGUCGGAGGCGCGUCCGGCCUAGAUGGUGAGCAAGUCGUAAUGGCGAUCGAUACCAGCGGAAACUCUGGGACCGAUUGCGCGCCUUUUCAAUCCGUUGGGAAUGGACAGAUUGCCACCCUCAACACCCCCCACACAGCUUAUGAUUUCUACUCGGACCAGCCAUCGGACGAGGCUGGCGAUGGGCCGAUCACUUUCCACAGCGCAACAUACAACUGGCCAUACAGUACCUAUUCUGUACCACUACAAUUCUGCCUUCAACCCGACAAUUCCUUCGAGGUGACCAGCUUGAAUAACUGGGAGACGGAAGUCAUGUUGUGUCAAGAUGUGGUGUACCUGUAUUCUGCCGGUAAUAUACCUGGCGCGGGCUGUGUGCCGAUUACUCUGCAAUAUUCGACAUAUCCUCCUUAGUGUUGUCGAUGGGACAAGGAUGGAAGGCGCAUUGUUACAUCCGCUGUAGUUUAUGAGCCAACAAGCACUGCAUGGAGGUGUCGGUUUUCUGGUCGAGUCCCUCGCAGGUCGUAUUCGUGCAGCUUGUAAUAGCGAUACGCAAGCUUGCAUACUGCAUGUCAUUC